AUGGCUCCUCCAAGCCUAACCAAGAAUGCCCUAGACCUAAUAGACCUUGUGGACGACACUUCACCACUCCCAAUAACUCUGCAUGGAACAAGCUUUCUUGCUCGUGGCCACCCUUUCCUCACUGAAGUCCCUCUAAACAUCAUAGCCGCCACCCCACCAUCACCUUUCACCAACAUCUCUUCAGACAACACUAAGACCAACAGUAACAUGAACAAGACCACGUCCUCCGGCUGCUUCGUGGGCUUCGACGUCGAUGAGCCCAAAAGUCACCACGUGGUCCCCGUCGGGAAACUCAGAGGCAUCAGGUUCACGAGCAUUUUCAGGUUCAAGGUCUGGUGGACCACCCACUGGGUUGGAACUAGCGGAAACGACGUGGAGAACGAAACUCAGAUGAUACUUCUAGACAAAAACGACUUGGGGCGCCCUUAUGUCUUGAUCCUUCCGCUCCUCGAAGGACCCUUCAGAGCCUCACUCCAACCUGGCUCUCACAACAACGACUACUACGUGGACAUGUGUGUGGAGAGUGGGUCGACACGUGUCAGCGCCUCCAGCUUCAGAUCCUGCUUGUACAUGCAUGUUGGCGAUGACCCAUAUGGUUUGGUCAAAGAGGCCAUGAAGGUGGUGAGGGUCCAUUUGGGCACAUUCAAACUCCUAGAGGAAAAAAAUGUACCAAAAAUAGUGGACAAGUUUGGAUGGUGUACAUGGGAUGCAUUUUAUCUAAUGGUGCACCCUAGAGGGGUCUGGGAAGGGGUGAAGGGCCUGGUGGAGGGUGGGUGCCCUCCAGGGCUCGUCCUAAUCGAUGACGGGUGGCAGUCGAUUUGCCACGACGAUGAUCCAGUCGGCCAAGAAGGCAUGACCAGGACAUCAGCUGGUGAGCAAAUGCCAUGCAGGCUGAUUGAUUUUAAAGAGAAUUUCAAAUUCAGAAGCUAUGAGGGUAAGAAGAAGGGUGAGGUGGGUGUGUGUAGUAAGGGCAUGGGUGCGUUUAUCAAAGACUUGAAAGAGGAGUUUGGGAGUGUAGAGAAUGUGUACGUGUGGCAUGCGCUUUGUGGGUAUUGGGGUGGGAUUAGACCUGGGACUAAUAAUCCGGAGUUUCCUGAGUGCAGGGUGAUUAAGCCCAAGUUGUCACCGGGAUUGGAGAGAACAAUGGAGGACUUGGUGGUGGACAAGAUUGUGAACAACGGAGUUGGGUUGGUUUUGCCGGAGGUGGCCCACAAGUUGUAUGAGGGGCUCCACUCUCAUCUUCAAUCGGUGGGGAUUGACGGUGUCAAAGUUGAUGUCAUACAUUUGCUUGAGAUGCUAUCCGAGGAGUUUGGUGGUCGAGUUGAGCUGGCUAAAGCUUAUUACAAGGCACUGACUGAUUCCAUGAAGAAGCAUUUCAAUGGCAACGGAGUAAUUGCCAGCAUGCAGCACUGCAAUGACUUCAUGUACCUUGGAACAGAAGCCAUAUCACUUGGACGCGUUGGGGAUGAUUUUUGGUCCGAGACCACGGGGGUAGCAGAUGGGACAUAUUGGCUGCAAGGGUGUCACGCAGUGCAUUGUGCCUACAACAGCUUGUGGAUGGGCAACAUCAUACACCCAGAUUGGGACAUGUUUCAAUCAACACACCCAUGUGCUGAAUUCCACGCUGCAUCAAGAGCUAUAUCCGGAGGCCCAAUCUACAUCAGUGACUCUGUUGGGAAGCACAACUUCAAGCUUCUUAAGAGCCUUGUGUUGCAAGAUGGCUCGGUAUUGCGAUGCCAGCACUAUGCUCUUCCUACUACGGAUUGCCUCUUUGAAGACCCUGUGCAUGAUGGGAAAACCAUGCUCAAAAUUUGGAACCUAAACAAAUACACUGGAGCAUUGGGAUUGUUUAAUUGCGAAGGAGGAGGAUGGUGCCCCAAAUCCAGGUGCAACAAAAGUGCCCCUGAGUGCUCAAAGCCUUUGACCUGCUUGUCUGGCCCAAAAGAUGUAGAGUGGAACAAUGGGAAGACCCCAAUUUCAAUCAAAGGAAUGGACAUAUUUGCUGUGUACAUGCACCAGCAAAAGAAGCUGAAGCUCUUGAAGCUUUCAGAGAAGGUAGAGAUUUCGCUUCAGCCUUUCGAUUUUGAGCUCCUCACUGUUUCUCCAGUGAGGGUUUUGCCAAAGAAGUUGAUCCAAUUUGCUCCAAUUGGGUUGGUGAACAUGUUCAACACUGGUGGUGCAAUUCAGUCGCUGGAAUUUGAGGAUGAAGAAAACUCCUCAAAUUUGGUGAGAAUUGGAGUGAAGGGUUGUGGGGAGAUGAGAGUGUUCGCUUCUGAAAAGCCAAGUGCUUGUAAGAUUGAUGGGGAGGAAGUGAAGUUUGAUUUUGUUGAUAAGAUGGUCACAGUCCAAGUGCCAUGGCCUAAUGUUAAGCUCAUAAUUUCAUAC